AUGGCUCGGCGUGGGCUUCACAUGCGAAAGCCUAGUGAUGUAGCGAACAAAGCCAAUAUUGCACAUGGUACGUCAGAAAAUGCCGGCAACGUUCAAGGACUAGUGCGUAAAUUUGAUAAAGUCUCAUUGGGGGAAAAUAAUGAGCGUAACCAGGAUGGCACUGCAAAUAAGGAAGAAGAUCAACGCACUACGACGGAUAGAGACAGUGAACGAAAUCCAUCCAAGAAAGUAGAAGAGCGAAGUGAUUCUCGUUUUUUCGACAGACUUCUGAAGUCGAUUGGUUUGAAUGGUUUUUGGUUUUCCACGUCUCAUGUUAAGUAUCAUCGAGCCGGCAUCUUUUGGCGAGUGGAUCUUGAGUCGGCGCAUUCUGAUUUUCUCGCUUGUUAUCCAUCUACCACGAAGUCAGACUGGCAUGCUCUAGGUGGAUAUCGAACAUUUGCUCUUACUAACCUAUUUAUAGCGGAUGUGUUUUAUAGUCAACGUUUGCCCACCGAAGUAUUACCACUUGCCGCGUAUCUUGUUGCAGUAACUGUUUCUAAACGUCACGUCAAACGGGAUCAGCUCGAAAGUCUCUCAGUGGCUGCAGUUCGUUUGGCGACAAAAGUCGAAUCUCAACACUCACUAUGCGAAGAAGUCAUGAGUGAGUUUGACGCCGAAGCGGUGGAUGCUCAUGAAAUACAAAUAUGUCGUGCAACUGAUUUCCGCUUCCUGGUUUGCACAACUAUGUUCUUUAUGCGCCUUGUACAUAAGCUUGUACAGCAGCACUCAUGGCAAUGGAGUUUCGCAAAGUUUGCCUCUCAGCUGGCCCUCUGCCAAAUGGAACUGGCUACGCUGAGGCCACCUCUUCUUGCUGGCGUGGUUAUGAGAUUGACUUGCUUGCUUGCUGGUGAUGAUAACUGGACAUCGGAGUGCUAUGAUGUAAUCGGCGAAGAUGAGGCAGAGUACGACUUUCCUCAAGCGAUUCUGUGUCGGCUUAUACUUUUUCAGCACGCCUCAAGCUACACGCGAUACCUAAAGACCGUCGAUCAUGCGGUUUCAAUACGACCCGGGUGGAUAGAAGAACAAGCGGCAGCUGCAAACUGUGUGAAAAUGUUAGGAAAUCAUGUUUUUGGUUGA